AUUCCAAGCAAAUACAUAUAUAUGUGUGUCCGAGCCUACAUACAUACAUACAGAUAAAUAAACUACGAUUUAUGCAAUACAAAACAAUUUAGACGCGCGCGCGUAUGUGUAAGUAUUUGUAUAUGUGUCAUAAUUAAUUGUGCACUAUUUAAUGGCCAAAGGACUUAAUUAAACGGUGUCUGAAAAGAUUUGAAAAAGAUUUGAUAAAAGUGUAACGAUGCAUUGAAAUGUAUGCAUACUAUACAAAUUAACCAGGAAAUGCAGUAAAUAUUCAAGCGUGUUUAAUAAAUAAAAAAAAAUACAGUGUUAAAUAAGCUACUCAAAAAAAGAACCAAAUCGUGUAGAACAAAAAGUGCGCGCAGCAACAUGUCGCUGGAAGUUUUAAAAGAUCACGUUCUAAUUUCGCCCAGCAGCGUUUUCUAUUUCCUUUUGCUUCCCACCUUCCUGCUAUGGCUGACUUAUUGGCGUCUAUCGCGCCGUCAUCUCUACAAGUUGGCAGAUCGAUUGCCUGGACCAAAAGGCUUGCCCAUCAUCGGGCAUUUGUUGGACGUAUUCGGACCGGCGUCGUCGGUCUUUAAGACGGUCAUCCGCAAAAGCUCCGAAUUCGAGAAUAUUGCAAAAAUGUGGAUCGGUCCGCAAUUGGUCGUUUUCAUUUAUGAUCCACGUGACGUCGAAAUAUUGCUGAGUAGUCAAGUCUACAUUGACAAGUCAUCGGAAUAUAAGUUCUUCAAGCCAUGGCUAGGCAAUGGAUUGCUGAUUAGUACAGGUGCAAAAUGGCGUGCUCAUCGCAAACUGAUUGCGCCAACAUUCCAUUUGAAUGUGUUGAAGAGUUUCAUUGAUCUAUUCAACGAGAAUUCUCUUCAUGUGGUGCAUAAAUUGCGCGCCGAGGGUGGAAAAACGUUUGAUUGUCACGACUACAUGAGCGAGGCGACAGUGGAGAUCUUACUCGAGACAGCCAUGGGUGUUUCCAAAAAGACUCAAGACAAAUCCGGCUAUGAAUACGCCUUGGCCGUUAUGAAGAUGUGCGACAUACUACAUUUACGUUCACGAAGUCUCUUCCUCCGCAAUGAAUUCAUUUUUACGCUCUCCAGAUAUUAUCAAGAGCAAGGCAAACUAUUGAAUAUCAUUCACGGCCUUACAACCAAAGUCAUCAAGUAUAAAAAAGCCGCUUUUGCUAAUGGCACUCGUGGUUCAUUGGCCCAACAGGAAAUGGCUGCCAAAAAAAUUACACCACCAGGCACACCUUCAACUGCUGCGGCAGCUGCAGCAAAAGAGAAUGGAAAGCAAAAAUCUACAAAAGAAACUUCCGUGGAGGGCUUGUCGUUUGGACAGUCAGAAGGUUUGAAGGAUGAUCUAGAUGUCGAAGAGAAUGAUGUGGGCGAGAAGAAACGUUUAGCUUUUCUCGAUUUGCUGCUUGAGAGCGCACAAAAUGGCGCUCUACUAAAUGAUACCGAAAUCAAAGAACAAGUAGAUACGAUUAUGUUUGAGGGACAUGACACCACCGCGGCCGGUUCAUCCUUCUUUCUAUCACUGAUGGGCAUCCACCAGCAAAUUCAAGAUCGAGUUAUAGCCGAAUUGGAUGAAAUAUUUGGUGCCUCAGACAGACCAGCCACAUUUCAGGACACUUUAGAAAUGAAAUAUAUGGAGCGUUGUCUGAUGGAGACGUUUCGCAUGUAUCCGCCAGUGCCAUUGAUAGCACGUGAGCUGCAGGAAGACUUAAGAUUGGCAUCUGGUCCUUAUGUAAUACCGCGUGGCGCUACCGUUACAGUAGCCACUGUCAAGCUACAUCGCAAUCCGAAAAUCUACGCAAAUCCAAAUGUAUUUGAUCCCGAUAACUUUUUGCCAGAACGCCAGGCCAACAGACAUUACUACGCUUUUGUGCCGUUCUCAGCGGGACCACGGAGUUGUGUUGGCCGGAAAUACGCAAUGCUCAAGUUAAAAAUACUUUUAUCCACCAUUCUUAGAAAUUAUCGUGUCUACUCAGAUUUAACUGAGGCCGAUUUUAAACUGCAAGCCGAUAUAAUAUUGAAACGCGAAGAAGGUUUUCGUGUACGCUUACAGCCGAGACAACCCAAACCGAAGCCGAAGACAACAUAAAAGACUCAACCGUCUAUAUCUUUUAUAAUUCUGCUAGGUUUUGGAUUUACAUACAUACAAAUACAUAUACAUACAUACAUACAUAUAUUUUUCCACAUAUUAGAAAUUAAAUGUUUCUUUUGUUGUGAAAAUUAAUAAAAUUGC